AUGGCGCAGUUCUGCGUCCCCACGCGGCGCUUCCUCCGCGACAUCGAGGGCGUCUCAACCGACUUCGUCCUCAGCGCGUACGACGACCGGGUCGUCGUCGUGGCGACGCAGAUCGGCACGGUGGGCACCGUCCUGCAGGCCAGUCCCGAGACUGCACUCGAUGGCAGUGUCACGUUUGGCGUGUCCGUGCUGCUGGGCCGGCGCGAUCAGGAGGAACUUCUCCUGUGUGCAAGAAGGAUCGUGGAUGGGGCUUCAAAGACAGGCUGCAGAAGACCAUUGAUCAUCUGCCUUGGCCUUAAGUCCCCCACCAUGGCCACAGUGAAGGGCAUCAUCGAGACCAUCCUAGAGGACCCCAUCUGGUGA